AGUGAGUGGACCGAGCAGACCGAGCUGUAUGCUCUGCCUACGUUACUUUUACGCGAACAUAAAAUCAAGCGAAAUGAAUCAUUGCUGCAGGAUGUGCAUGGGUUUUCAUAAACGAGCGCGUUAACAGUGUUGAGUUUCUUAAGCGCUUUCUUAUUCCUAAAUGGAUUCCUAAACACGCAGGCUACGGUGCUGCUACCCGUACUACGGUGUAGGGUGGCCGCUAUGGGUGGCUACCCGUACUGCUGGUUUACGUUGAUGCGGCGAUGCUCGACGCGCACGGCGCGGCUGCGGCAAAGUUCCCGCACUUUCAUUCGAAUGAUUCCAACCAUGCGUUACUCAAAAUGUAGACUUCGGAGCAAGUCAUCUUUGCCCGACAUUGACUUGCCGCAUAACCAAGACAUAGUUGUCGGCAGAAACCGCAGCACUCAAAUUCGGAACAAGCGCUGCUCUAGAUGUCAAGCCAGACUACGAGCGGAUUUUAACAACGGCACGAUUCAGCUAACGCAGCUUGGAGAAAACUCGUGCCAGGUGUCGGGUAGGUGUCUUGUAGUUGGGGAGACUGUGACAGUGUCUGACGGUGAUCAGUUCGAGUUGCUUGCGGAAGAACUGCCUUACGUGGUUUUGUUCGAGGAGUCUUCUAGUCUUGACAUACCUUCAUCGGCUGCUGCAGUCGAUUUCCCCAGUUGUGACGGAAAUCGCCACUUGAAGCGUAAAACUGAUGACGACGACAUGCCACUAUCGAAGAAACAUGCCUCGUCCGACGCGCAUGAUGAACAUGACGAGUAUGUGGAAGAAGUUUCCCGCAAAUUGAAGCACAUGCAGAGUAGCCAUAAAAAGCGUCACACCGCAAAUUUGACGCAACAAAGUGAAACUGUGGUUUCGCAUCGUGGUGGAAAUCCUGGAGCGCGCCAGAGCAAGAGUGGAUGGACUGACUUGACAGAACAUCAUGUUUUACUGUUCAAUUCAGAAAGGCUUGAACACCAGCCAAAGAUUGCAGCAUUUGACCUUGAUGGAACUCUUAUCACUACCAAGUCUGGCAAGGUAUUUCCCAUUAACUCUGCUGAUUGGCGGAUACUAUUGUCAGAAACUGAGGCACGCCUACAUAGUCUUGUAAGAGAGGGUUACAAGAUUGUUAUCAUUACCAACCAGAGGGGUCUUUCUAAGAGCCACAGUCAUGAAGUUGACUUCAAGAGCAAGGUGGAGCAUGUCUUAAAGACGUUGGCUGUGCCAGCCCAAGUGUAUGUGUCUAUUGGCCAUGGCUUCUAUCGCAAACCAGCACCAGGAAUAUGGCAGCACCUGGAGUCUCAUGGAAAUGGAGGUAUUCCCAUCAAUUUGAAGGAGUCCUUUUAUGUUGGAGAUGCUGCAGGGAGACCGGCAAACUGGGAACCUAAACGCAAAAAAGAUUUUUCAUGUUCAGACAGACUGUUUGCCCUCAACAUUGGAAUUACAUUUUAUACUCCAGAAGAGUUCUUUUUGAGGAGUCGUGCAGCUAAAUUUGAUCUUCCACAAUUUGACCCCCGCAAAGUGCUACAUCUCCCACUUGCUGAAGUUGUAGCAUCUGCAAAGCCAAGUGAAAGCAAAUUCUUUAAUGGUGAUGACCUUCCAGCAGAUCACACUGAGGUUGUGGUGCUUGUUGGAUAUCCUGCAUCUGGUAAGAGUCACUUUGCAAAGGAGUACCUUGUAUCAAAGCAGUAUGCUCAUAUUAACCGUGAUAUGUUGAAGUCAUCACAGAAGUGCAUUGAGGAAUGUGAAAGAUCACUAAGGCGUGGUCAGAGUGUAGUGGUAGACAACACUAACCCGGACCCCGAGAGCCGAAAAAGGUUUAUUGACAUUGCAAAGAAACAUGGCUGUGAAUGCAGGUGCUUUGUUAUGGAUUGCACCCUGGAGAGAGCAAAGCACAAUAACCAGUUUCGUGAGAUUAAGCUGAAGGGACAACCCCAUGUUUCUGUCACAGACAUGGUGCUAUACAACCAUCGGUCCAAGUUCAAGGAGCCAAGUUUGUCUGAAGGAUUCUCAGCCAUCUUAAAAAUAAACUUUGUUCCCAAGUUCGGUGCACCUGAAGAUGAAAAGCUAUACAGAUGCUUUCUCAAAGACAAGUAACAUCGCAAUUAGUGAAUAAACAUGCAAGAUCAGCUA